UCCCUCCUCCAGCCGCCCCGCGCUCUGGAUGCUGACUGAAUUCAUUUUUCGGAUAUGAAGGAUUUAUCUAGUCGAUGUUAGAAGGAGGAGGCGAAGAAAAGGCACGCGUCUCUCCCUCUCCUCUCUCUCUCUCUUUCUAUCUCUCCCUCUCCCCCCUUCUCUCUCUCUCUCUCUCUCUCUCCCUCUCCCUCUCUCUCCCUCCGUUUUCUGGAUGUGAAGCAGCAUGCGGCCCGGUGAGAGCUUAGAGGGCUCGCGCUCGGCUCGCCGAAGAUGUAUCGGUGCUAAUAAAACCCCGAACGGCGGCACGGAACGCUGUCCCGCGCACCUCUCGUCGGCGGCGACGAGGAUGAAGAGGGCGACGACGAAGAGGGGGAUGAGAGGGACGACGGGCGGAGGAAUGACGGCGCUGCGCUACUUUAACUGGACAUUUCUAUUAUUCUUGAAAAGCUCCAGAACGCAAGGUUUCAUCUACACUUGUGGGGGCACACUCAAAGGUCGAAACGGCAGUAUAGAGUCGCCGGGCUUUCCCUACGGCUACCCCAACGGGGCAAACUGCACCUGGGUUAUCGUCGGAGAGGAAGGAAGCAGAAUCCAGCUCAUCUUCUUGUCAUUCGCCAUCGAAGAAGAAUACGACUUCCUCUCCCUGUACGAUGGACACCCACAUCCCGCCAACUUCAGGACCAGGUUAACAGGGUUCCAGGUUCCUGCCCCGGUCACCAGUACAGGAAAUGUCUUCUCGUUGAGGCUGACCAGUGACUUUGCCGUCUCUGCACACGGCUUCAAGCUCAACUACGAAGAACUCCAGAGUUCCUCUUGUGGAAAUCCUGGAGUCCCGCCCAAAGCGGUCCUCAGCGGCGGCGGCCGCUUCGCUGUGGGGGACCGUGUGCGCUACAGUUGCGUUCCUGGCUAUGUCUUAGACGGCCACGCCACGCUCACCUGCAUCACUAACGCAGGGAAUGCUGCUGUCUGGGACUUUCCUGCUCCUAUAUGUCGAGCUGAGGACACAUGUGGGGGCACUGUGAGGGGCGGCAGUGGGGUGGUGACCAGUCCCGGUUACCCCGGCAACUAUGGUAACCAAGCCGACUGUACUUGGAUCCUAUUGGCCGAACCCGGAGACACCAUCUCUGUCAUCUUUACAGACUUUCAGACAGAGGAAAAGUACGAUUACCUGGAAGUGGAGGGCUCUGAACCGCCAACCAUUUGGUUGUCUGGCAGUAAUGUCCCCUCUCCUAUUGUCAGUAACAAAAACUGGCUGCGGCUGCAUUUUGUGACCGAUAGCAACCACCGUUACCGAGGUUUCAGCGCACAUUAUCAAGUGAAGCGAUCAGUAGAUUUUAAAUCGCGGGGCGUUAAAUUAUUCCCUGGCAAAGACUCCAGCAACAAGUUUUCAAUAUUGAACGAAGGCGGUGUGAGACAGGCGUCGAACUCCUGCCCUGACCCCGGAGAGCCCGAGAACGGAAAGCGCCACGGCAAUGACUUCAGCAUUGGAAGUGAGGUGCUUUUCAGCUGUGGAGAGGACUAUGUACUCCAGGGCAGUAAAACCAUCAGCUGUCAGAGAGUGGCAGAAGUGUUCGCCGCCUGGAGUGACCACAGACCGGUCUGCAAAGUGAAGACUUGUGGCAGUAAUCUUCAGGGGCCGUCUGGAACCUUUACGUCUCCUAACUUCCCCAUUCAGUACGAGAGCAAUGCGCAGUGCGUGUGGAUAAUUACUGCAUCAAAUCCCAACAAGGUGAUCCAGAUCAACUUUGAGGAGUUUGACCUGGAGAUUGCUUACGACACUCUAACAAUAGGGGACGGAGGCGAGGUUGGGGAUCCCACCACGAUACUCCAGGUCCUCUCAGGUAGCUUUGUCCCUGACUUGAUAGUCAGCAUGACCCACCAGAUGUGGCUUCACCUACAGUCAGACGAGAGUGUCGGGUCCAUAGGAUUUAAGAUCAACUAUAAAGAAAUCGACAAAGAGAGCUGUGGCGACCCCGGGACUCCUCUGUAUGGCGUGAGAGAGGGCGACAGCUUCUCAAAUGGAGGGAUCCUGAGGUUUGAAUGCCAGUUUGGCUUCGAGCUGAUUGGAGAAAGGACCAUCUCCUGCCAAGACAACAAUCAGUGGUCUGCAAACAUCCCCAUCUGCAUAUUCCCCUGCAUGUCCAACUUCACCGCCCCCUCAGGAACUGUCCUCUCCCCAGAUUACCCAGAAGGCUAUGGGAACAACAUGAAUUGUGUCUGGCUCAUCCAAUCGGAGCCGGGCUCCAGAAUACACUUGGCUUUUAAUGACUUCGACCUUGAGGCACCCUACGAUUCCCUAACAGUGAAAGAUGGCGAGACAAAUGAUGCCAAUGUCAUUGGGAGGUUCUCUGGAGCCGAGAGUCCUUCCCAUCUGACGUCCAACACCAACACGCUGAGGCUGGAGUUCCAGGCUGAUCACUCCAUGUCAGGAAGAGGCUUUAAUAUCACCUACAGUACAUUUGGCCAUAAUGAGUGCCCGGAUCCGGGGAUUCCCAUCAACGCCCGGCGCUUCGGCGACAGCUUCCAGCUUGGCAGCUCCAUCUCAGUGGUUUGCGAGGACGGUUUCAUCAAAACCCAGGGAACUGAGACCAUCUCGUGUCAGUUAGAAAGAGGGAAAGUCAUGUGGAGCGGGCCCAUCCCCAAAUGCGAAGCUCCAUGUGGAGGCCACUACUCUGCUCCGAGUGGAGUCAUUCUGUCUCCCGGCUGGCCUGGUUACUACAAAGACUCCCUCAGCUGCGAGUGGGUGAUCGAGUCGGAACCCGGACGCUCCAUCAAAGUCACUUUUGACAGGUUCCAGACGGAGCUGGGUUAUGAUUUCCUGGAGAUCCACGAUGGACCCAACCUGCUCUCCCCGCUGGUCGGCUCCUUUAACGGCACGCAGGUGCCUCAGUUCCUGUUCAGCAGCAGCAACUUCCUCUACCUGCUGUUCACCACCGACAACAGCCGCUCAAACGCUGGCUUCAAAAUACUCUAUGAAAGUGUUACUGUUGACAGCUACUCGUGUCUGGACCCUGGCAUCCCUGUUAACGGCAUCCGGUACGGGCAGGACUUCUCCAUCGGGUCCACGGUGUCAUUUGGUUGUGACUCGGGCUACAGGCUCAGCCACGAGGAGCCUCUGGUGUGUGAGAAGAACCACUGGUGGAGCCACCCGUUACCUACAUGCGAUGCUCUGUGUGGCGGGGAUGUUAGAGGUCCCUGGGGAACCAUCCUUAGUCCCGGCUAUCCAGACAGCUACCCUUCAUCUCUCAACUGUACCUGGACCGUUGAAGUCAGCCACGGGAAAGGAGUCCAGUUUCAGUUCAACUCUUUCCAUCUGGAGGACCAACACGACUACCUCUUGGUGACUGAGAACGGGAGUUUCCUGCAACCGCUGGCUCGGCUGACCGGCAACGAGUUGCCUAGCAACAUCAACGCCGGUCUCUAUGGCAACUUUAAAGCCCAGCUACGAUUCAUCUCUGACUUUUCCAUCUCAUACGAGGGCUUCAACAUAACUUUCUCCGAGUAUACACUGGAGCCAUGUGAGGACCCCGGCAUGCCUCGCUUUGGAAGGAGGAACGGCUACAGCUUCGGCGUUGGAGACACGCUGUCUUUUUCCUGCAAUAUGGGAUACCGUCUCGAGGGGGCGCCGGAGUUGGUCUGUUUGGGAGGAGGGCGCAGAAUGUGGAGCGCGCCUUUGCCCAGAUGUGUUGCUGAGUGCGGUUCUUCAGUGAUCAAUAACGAAGGAAUACUUCUUUCUCCAAACUACCCCAUGAACUACGACAACAACCACGAGUGCAUCUACAGCAUCCAGGUGCAAGCUGGGAAAGGCAUCAACAUCUCUGCCAGAACCUUUCAUCUCGCCCAGGGCGAUAUACUCAAGAUUUAUGAUGGUAAAGACAACACGGCCCACGUUCUGGGAGCUUUUACCGGUUCCUCCAUGCUGGGCCUGACGCUCAUUUCCACUUCAAACCAUCUGUGGCUGGAGUUUUACAGUGAUCCGGAAAGUACAGGGGAAGGAUUCAAACUGGUGUACUCGAGCUUCGAGCUGUCUCACUGCGAGGAUCCGGGCGUGCCGCAGUUUGGCUUCAAGGUCAACGACCAAGGUCACUUCUCCGGGAGCAGCAUCACGUACAGAUGUGAGCCCGGAUACACGCUGCACGGCGCCACCACGCUGAAGUGCAUGACGGGUGAAAGAAGAGCCUGGGACAACCCUCUGCCCUCCUGUAUCGCGGAGUGCGGUGGUCGUUUUAAGGGUGAGUCGUCAGGGCGGAUCCUCUCCCCUGGAUACCCUUUUCCCUAUGAUAACAACCUUCGCUGCACCUGGACCAUUGAGGUGGACUCAGGAAAUAUCGUGAGCCUUCAGUUUCUGGCCUUUGACACUGAAGCCAGCCACGACAUGCUGAAAGUGUGGGACGGACCUCCUGAGAAUGAAAUGUCUUUAGCAGAGCUCAGUGGGUCCCUGCUCCCAGAAGGAAUCCACUCCACUCUGAAUACGGUCACCGUUCAGUUCGAAACAGACUUUUACAUCAGCAAGUCCGGAUUCGCUAUUCAGUUCUCCAGCUCAGUGGCUACAGCCUGCAGGGACCCAGGUGUACCAAUGAAUGGCAGUCGGAGUGGCGAUGGCCGCGAGCCGGGAGAUUCGGUGUCCUUUCAGUGUGACCCAGGAUACGAGCUCCAGGGGGACGACAAAAUAACCUGCAUACAAGUGGAUAACAGAUACUACUGGCAGCCCAGUCCGCCCGUCUGCAUAGCUCCUUGCGGCGGAAACCUAACCGGCUCCAAUGGAUUUAUACUCUCUCCUAACUACCCCCAUCCCUACCCGCACUCAAAGGACUGCGACUGGCUCAUCGCCGUCAACUCCGACUACGUCCUGUCGCUGGCCUUCAUCAGUUUCAACAUUGAGCCGAACUAUGACUUCCUGUACAUCUAUGACGGGCCGGAUAGCAACAGUCCUCUGAUUGGGAGCUUCCAGGACAGCAAGCUCCCCGAGCGAAUAGAGAGCAGUUCAAAUACGAUGCAUUUAGCAUUCCGCAGUGACGGCUCCGUUUCCUACACCGGCUUCCACCUGGAAUACAAAGCCAAGCUGAGGGAGUCUUGCUUCGACCCAGGUGUGGUGUUGAAUGGAACCAGGCUGGGAUCCGAUUAUAAGCUGGGCUCUACUGUCACUUUCUACUGUGAAGCAGGCUACGUUCUGCAGGGUUAUUCGACUCUGACGUGCAGUAUGGGAGAUGACGGCAGACCUGGAUGGAACAGGGCGUUGCCCAGUUGCCAAGCUCCGUGCGGAAGCCGCUCUACCGGAUCGGAGGGAACUGUUUUGUCUCCGAACUUCCCCAGAAACUACACUUCAGCUCAGACCUGCGUCUACUCAAUAUCUGUACCCAGAGAGUUUGUUCUCUUUGGUCAGUUUGUGCUGUUCCAGACGUCUCUGAACGACGUGGUGGAGAUCUACGAUGGACCCACUCAACAGAACACGCUGCUGUCUUCACUCUCCGGCUCACACUCUGGGGAGUCCCUACCUUUGAGUUCAGGAAACCAGAUUACAGUGAAGUUUACUACAGUCGGACCUGAAACUGCAAAGGGAUUUCACUUCGUCUACCAAGCCGUGCCUCGGACCAGCUCCACUCAGUGCAGUUCAGUCCCCGAGCCUCGCUUUGGGAAACGUCUGGGUAAUGACUUUGCGGUCGGCUCCUUGGUGCAAUUUGAGUGCAACCCUGGAUACAUACUGCACGGCUCCACCGCCAUUCGCUGCGAGAGCGUCCCGGACAACCUGGCACAGUGGAAUGACACCCUGCCAACAUGCAUAGUUCCCUGCGGGGGCGUGUUGACCUCUCGCCGUGGGACCAUUCUGUCGCCGGGCUACCCGGAGCCAUACGACAACAACCAGAACUGUGUGUGGAAGGUGUCUGUUCCAGAGGGGGCUGGGAUACAGAUACAAGUGGUGAGCUUCGCCACUGAGCAUAACUGGGACUCUUUGGAUUUCUACGAUGGUGCGGACAACCACGCUCCAAGACUGGGCAGCUACUCUGGCACCACGAUCCCCCCUCUCCUCAACAGCACAUCUAACAACCUCUAUCUCAGCUUCAGCUCCGAUAUCAGCGUCUCAGCUGCGGGAUUUCACCUGGAAUACACAGCUAUUGGCUUGGAGUCGUGUCCAGAGCCUCAGACUCCAAACUAUGGAAUCAGACAAGGAGACCGCUUCAUGGUGGGGGAUGUUGUGCAGUUUUCAUGUGAACAGGGAUAUUCCCUUCAGGGUAACGCUCAUAUCACAUGUAUGCCUGGGCCUGUCAGGAGGUGGAACUACCCUGUACCGCUGUGUCUCGCCCAGUGCGGUGGGUCCAUGACGGAUGUGAGCGGAGUGAUUCUCAGUCCAGGUUACCCCGGCAACUACCCCAGUGGAUUAGACUGCACAUGGACGGUCAACUUACCUGUCGGCUUCGGUAUCCAUCUCCAGUUCCUCAACUUCUCCACCGAGGCGAUCCACGACUACUUGGAGAUCCGCAGCGGGACUCUGGAGACGGGCUCGGUCAUUGACAGGUUCAGUGGUCCGGUCAUCCCCAAAGCCCUGUUCAGCACCACCCACCAGACCAGCUUCUUCUUCCACAGCGACUACUCCCAAAACAAACCGGGCUUCCACAUCACCUACCAAGCCUACCAGCUCCAGAGCUGCCCGGACCCCCGGCCGUUUCGGAACGGCAUCGUGAUCGGCACCGACUUCAGCGUUGGGAUGACGGUGUCGUUCGAAUGCCUGCCGGGAUAUUCUCUGAUCGGAGAAGCUUCGCUCACGUGUUUACAUGGAAUCAGCAGGAACUGGAACCACCAGUUACCACGAUGUGAAGCUCUCUGCGGCGGCAACAUCACAUCAUUAAAUGGCACCAUUUACUCUCCUGGUCACCCUGAGGAAUACCCAAACUUCCAGGACUGUGUGUGGAGUGUCAGAGUUCCUCCCGGACAUGGAAUUUAUAUCAACUUCACCGUACUGAGCACCGAGCCCAUAUACGACUACAUUACUGUCUGGGAUGGUCCUGAUCAGUCUUCUCCUCAGAUUGGCCAGUUUAGUGGGAACACGGCUCUGGAGUCAGUCUACUCGACCUCCAACAUCAUCCUCAUCAAAUUCCACUCCGACUUUUCUGGAGCCGGUUUCUUCGUUUUAAGUUAUCACGCCUACCAAUUAAGGGUUUGCCAGCCUCCUCCAGAAGUGCCCAACGCUGACAUACUGAUGGAGGAUGGCGAGCUGGAAAUAGGUGACAUCAUCCGCUACAGAUGUCAUCCUGGAUUCUCAUUGGUCGGCAGUGAGAUUUUAACCUGCCGCCUGGGAGAAAGACUGCAGAUGGAUGCAGCGCCUCCAACAUGCCAAGUCCAAUGCCCGGCGCACGACGUGCGGUACGACUCGUCGGGCGUCAUCUUGAGCCCCGGCUGGCCGGAGAGUUACCCCAACCUCCAGAUGUGUUCGUGGAGCAUCACAGUAGAGAAGGGAUACAAUGUCACCAUAACCUUUGAAAGUUUCCACACUGAGAGAGAAUUUGACGUGUUGGAGAUUUUUGAUGGGCCGACGGCGAACAGUCCCACUCUGGCCACGCUGAGCGGCGACCUGCCAACGCCCUUCAACCUCACAACUUCCGGUCACCAGUUCCUGGUCCGCUGGUCCUCAGACCACGGCACGAACAAGAAAGGCUUCAAAAUUCGCUAUGUUGGUGAGUACCAAACGCUGUACUGCUCCACCCCGGACUCUCCGCUCCACGGCUCCAUCUCCUCUCAGAGCGGCGGGCACAUCAACAGCGUGGUGCGCUGGGCCUGCGACCGCGGCUACCGUCUCAUCGGCAAUGCUACGGCGACGUGCCGCCGCUCGGCGCUCGGCUACCACGCCUGGGACUCACCUGUACCCGCUUGUCAAGCUGUGUCGUGCGGAGCCCCCAAAGCGCCGGUAAACGGAGGCGUCUUAACAGCCGACUACUCGGUGGGAACGAGAGUCUCCUAUUUCUGUAACGACGGGUACAGACUCUCCAGCAAAGAGCUGACGUCGGCCAUCUGUCAGCCCGACGGGACGUGGAGCAACCACAACAAGAUCCCACGAUGCUCUGUGGUGGUCUGUCCCAGCAUCGGAUCGUUUUCCCUGGAACACGGCCGAUGGAGGAUCGUCAACGGCUCCCACUACGAGUACAGGACUCGCAUCGUGUUCACCUGCGACCCAGGGUACUACAGACUCGGCCCCGCCCACAUCGAGUGCUUACCCAACGGCGUGUGGAGCUGGAGGAACGAGAGGCCGCACUGCCAAGUUAUCUCGUGCGGCGAGCUGCCGUCUCCGCCCAGCGGGAAGAAGAUCGGCACCCAGACAACGUUCGGAGCGACGGCCAUCUUCACCUGCGACGCCGGGUUCAUGCUGGUGGGGUCGGCCGUCAGGGAGUGCCUGUCGUCCGGCCUCUGGAGCGGAACGGAAACACGGUGUUUAGCGGGUCACUGUGGGAUCCCAGAGGGCAUCGUGAACGGCCAGGUGAUCGGGGAAAACUACGGCUACCGCGACACGGUGGUGUACCAGUGUCUGCCCGGCUACCGGCUGAUUGGAUCGUCGGUUCGAAUCUGCCUCCAAGACAACCAGUGGUCUGGACAGCUGCCCAUUUGUAUAUCGAUCAGCUGCGGCCAUCCAGGAAGUCCCAUAUACGGCCGCACGGUGGGAAACGGCUUCAACCUGAACGACGUGGUCAGCUUCGUGUGCAACCGGGGUUAUGAAAUGGAGGGGCCCGCACGCGCUCAGUGCCAGGCCAACCGCCAGUGGAGCCACCCGCCCCCGACGUGUAAAGGUGGGGAGAAAAUGGUCAAUUGCUCCGAUCCAGGCAUCCCAGCCAACUCCAUCCGGCAGAGUAAAAUCGAGCACGGCAACUUCACCUUUGGCACGGUGGUUUUCUAUGAUUGUAACCCUGGUUAUUACCUGUUUGGAUCGCCCGUCCUGAGCUGUCAGCCGACCGGACAGUGGGACAAACCUCUUCCCGAGUGUAUCGUCGUGGACUGUGGUCAUCCCGGCUCUCCUCCUAACGGUGUGCUGAGCGGAGAUAAGUUUACAUUCGGUUCAACGGUUCGAUACUCCUGUCUGGGUGGAAGACAGCUGAAAGGGGAAUCAUCCCGGACUUGUCAGCUCAAUGGGAUGUGGAGUGCCCCCAUGCCCUUCUGCUCUGGUGACACCACGGGCUCUUGCGGCGAUCCCGGCAUCCCCUCCCACGGUUCACGGGAACAAACCGAUUUCAAGAUUCGUUCCAAGGUCUUCUUCACCUGCUCCGAGGGCUACGAGCUGAUCGGCUCCUCAGAGAGGAUGUGCUUCCCCAACGGGACUUGGUCCGGCACGCAGCCCUUCUGUAAACCUGUGCAGUGUGGUAACCCCGGCACCCCCAGCAACGGCAGAGUGUUUCGUUUGGACGGGACGACAUUUUCGCACUCUGUCAUCUACUCCUGCAUGGAUGGAUAUCUGCUCACCGGCGCCACCACCAGGCUGUGUCAGGCCAACGGGACCUGGUCCGGAGCACAGCCCAACUGCACCAUGAUAAACUGCGGGGACCCGGGCGUGCCGGCCAACGGCCUCCGCUACGGCGAAGACUUCACCAUCAGCCAGAACAUUUCCUUCCAGUGCCAGCCCGGAUACAGGAUGGAGGAGGACGGCUCGCCCGUGAGGAUGUGCACCCAGAACGGGACAUGGAGCGGCAACAUGCCCGUCUGCACAGCGGUGACCUGCUCAGCGCCCCCUGCCAUCAGCAACGGGGUACUGCAAGGCAGCGACUUCGAAUGGGGCAGCAGCGUGAGCUACAGCUGUUCGCCCGGAUACGAGCUCUCGUUCCCGGCCGUCCUGACCUGCGUUUCCAACGGCACCUGGAGCGGCAUGCUGCCGCAGUGUCUGCCCAAGUUCUGCGGUGACCCGGGUACUCCGGUGGGCGGCUUCAGAGAGGGACGGAGCUUCAUCUAUCAGUCAGAAGUGUCCUUCAGCUGUGCUUCGCCGCUCAUUCUGGUGGGCACAUCGACCCGGCUCUGUGAAAGCGACGGCACCUGGAGUGGGACUCAGCCUCGCUGCAUCGAACCAACCAAAACCAGCUGCGAUAACCCGGGAACGCCUCGCUACGGCUCCUUGAAUCGGACCUACGGUUUCAAGGUGGGGAGUGUGGUGUCAUUUCAGUGCCAGCCGGGUCAUCUGAUUCAGGGAUCCUCCUCCAGAACCUGCCAGCCUGAUCUGACGUGGAGUGGAACUCAGCCUGAGUGCAUCCCCCACGCCUGCAAGCAGCCGGAGAGCCCGCUCCAUGUGGACGUGGUGGGGAUGGAUCUGCCCGGCUUUGGCUACACCUUGGUGUACAGCUGUCAGCACGGCUACUUCCUCGCAGGAGGUUCUGAGCACCGAGUCUGCAAGAGCGACGGGACCUGGACGGGAAAGAUGCCUAUAUGUCGAGCUGGAGAAAAGAAGCGACCUGUGAAGCCAGUAACCGGGACUCCCAGCCCUAAACUAAACGUUCCAGACGACGUCUUCGCUCCGAACUACAUAUGGAAAGGUUCGUAUAAUUACCGAGGGAGGAAGCAGCCCAUGACGCUGAGCAUCACCAGCUUCAACUCCACAACGGGGAGAGUCAACGUCACCCUGAGCAACGGCAACAUGGAGCUGCUCCUUUCAGGAGUCUACAAAGCCUCCGAGGCUCGGCUGCUGCUCCUGAUGUAUCAGGUGAACUACGCGAAUCAGGGAAACCAGCUGAAAGACUCCGUCUCUCCGGCCAAGAUUAUUGACGACUCCUGGACUAUGGAUGGAUUUGUAUCUGCAGAGCCCGAUGGCUCUAGUUACGUAUUCCAGGGUUUCAUUCAGGGAAAAGACUACGGACAGUUUGGACUACAAAGACUGGGUCUGAACAUGUCGGAGAGUCAGAACUCGCCACCGCCCCAGCUUGGUACCAACAGCAGUUCUGUGGCUAUCGCUAUCCUGGUGCCUUUCUUCGCUUUAAUCUUCACUGGCUUUGGCUUCUAUCUCUACAAACAAAGAACCACACCAAAAACACAAUACACCGGUUGUUCAGUCCAUGAAAACAACAACGGCCAGGCUGCCUUUGAGAACCCCAUGUAUAACACCAACGCCAAAGCUGUGGAGGGGAAGGCUGUUAGAUUCGAUCCCAAUCUAAAUACCGUCUGCACCAUGGUGUGAGGAUUGAUUAUCCUUACUUGAACUUAAUGACUCCGAUAUCUCAUGGGACCACAACUGGCGCGAGGCUGCGGAGGGGAGAGCCGAAUGCUUCGACACAAUCGCCGCCAACAAGCUGGUCUUUGCCGCUGAUUACAAAAGACCUUUAUUCCCAGUUCAGAAACCUAACCUCCCCCGGCAGAGGGAAACUCUCCAGCUGCAACCAAAACCCAGCGUGGGUUUCAUCGACUGACGGUCCCUAUGUCGACACAAACUGAAAAGGUCUGCUGCCCUUGAAAGAUGCAACGUUAACUCACAGGAAAUUGUGAUGUCAAGUAACAGAAAAGAAAGUAACGCAAUGGAAAAACAUAGUAGCUAUUAUCUACCUUUGACCCCAAGGCGUAGCAGGUCAUGGAUACCUUAUAAUUUGAUUCCAAGCCAGACACAGUCAUUAUACUUCGACCUCUUAUUCAACCUCGCCCGCUCUCUUUAAUGGCAGUGUUAAUAAUGAAGCCAUGACCUGCUUGCCGGACAUCACGACACGUCGCAGUGUCCCGGUGCCACAUUUUGUACUUCACAG